AUGACGCGAAUCACCGCAGGAAUCCUAGAUGCAAAGAGCGCAUCAGCUACGAUUUCGGACACGGUCGACUCCUUAGCAACGACAUCCCCUGACGCAUCUAUCAAGCUGCUAGGGGACUUCAACCACCGUCGCCUGCAGAAUACCCUACCGAACUAUCAUCAAGUUGUCGACUGCGCAACACGAGGAAACAACUUCAUGGAUAGGUGCUACUGCUCCAUACGGGACGCCUAUGAGGUUAACGUACGCCAUGUGGCAGCACUGAUGUGCUUCUCAGAAGUAGGUUAUGCAGACAAUACAACCAACACUGGGCCUACAAAAACCACUGGAGCUACAACGAAUGGACCUACUACAACUGUUGAUCCUACAGCAACUACUGCAAUUAACUUGACAACCACUGGACCUAAAACCACUACAGGCAACAUGACAACCGCGUUCAGCGACAUGACAGCCACUGCAAGCAACAUGACAACCGCGUUCACCAACAUGUCAACCACUGCAAGCAACAUGACAACCGCGUUCACCAACAUGCCAACCACUGCAAGCAACAUGACAAUCACUGGACCUAUAACCACUGCAAGCAACAUGACCACCAUUGGACCUACAACCACUGCAGGCAACAUGACAACCGCGUUCAGCGACAUUACAACCACUGCAAGCAACAUGACAACCACGUUCAGCAACAUGACAACCGCAGUCAGCAACAUGACAACCAGUGAAUCUACCACUGCAAGCGACAUGACAACCGCGGUCAGCAACAUGACUACAGAGAGUGGAACGACAAGCACCACCACGUCAGUGACAUCAGGAGGAACAGAAGCCCCAGAAGCCCGAUGGCAAGUGAAAGACAAGAACGGCAAACUGUGUAUGAUCAUGUACUUUGAUGGAACUAUAACUGACGUAGCGCUACUUUCCUCUUCCGUGACCGGAGACUUCCCUGAUGUGCCUCUUGGCGACUAUUACAUCUGCGGUCACUUCAACUACAGUUUUGGUUACUUUCAGCUCAACCUGACCAAACCUUCGCUCCAGCCUUUCGUCCAAAAAACCAAAGGAGGGGACAGCUUGGGACAGCCAUAUGUUUGUGGACCUGGACACAGUGUCAGUGACAGUGACAGUGACGGUGACAUUGACAUCGGUGACAUUGACAUCGGUGACAUUGACAUCGGUGACAUCAUCGGGAUCAUUGCUGGAGUCAUUAUGAGCAUAAUUGUCGGAACAGGGGUGGUCGAAUAUGUAUUCCGAUGGGGUAGAUACGACGGGACGGUGGGUCUUGGUGACGUCACUUUGGCUAAGCUUAUGGUUACUUCAGCUGCCAGUAUGGAAAGGAAACAAAAGCGACUCAGACUGGACCCACCAGAUCUAGAAAUCUAG